UGAUUGACACUUGACGUAACUGAAACUGACUGCUACGAAACGAAAAUACGACUGAUCAUCUUUGAUAUCAUUAAAAAAUUUUUUAAUUCACCACCAAAUCAACACGCAAAAAAGAAAUACAACAAAAAGAUGGAUAGAAUCUGUAACAAAAUGUGUUUAUGCAAUUUAAGUAUUAUAAUUGUUUUUCUUGCUUUUUCGACAUCAUCAGUUAGUGGUGAAGAUGUGUGUGUCAAGAAGAGUCCCUGUAGUUGCGUUUUUCCUAAUGGCACUGGAAUAGAUCUUACGCCUUCAAAUACUACAACGUUUUAUUCAGCGGCGACUUACCAAGAGAUGAAAAAAGGCUUACAGUACAGACUUAUCACAUAUUACUUUCAUCCGUGUACAGAUCUCAAGUUUCCAAUAAAUGCAACAGUGAAUGUCACGAAUCGUUGCACUGAACCCCUUGCGCUAUGCAGUCAUGUUUAUACAUUUGAUAAUGUAAAUACAACUGUACUGUUCAAUGUUAGCAGUAACCACUAUGAUAAUAUUGGAUAUUCUGAAAAGACAUAUUUUUCUAAUGAUGGGAGAUCAAUAAUAUAUGAUAAUAAACCAUCAAACAACACUAUCUUGCUUGUUUGUUCGCAAGGAGAGAAUCGUUUACAACCGUACUCUUUAGAUGACCCACAUGAAGUUGUAUUGGCGUUCUACUCGAAAGACGCAUGUUUGAGGCAAAUAGAAGAAAUAGGUAGAUCUACAGGAUCGACCUUGCUCGUUGUGUUCUUCUCUAUAGUGAUAUUCUAUCUCGUUCUUGGUGUUUGCACUAAGAAGUUCCUAAUGGGUGCGACUGGAAUAGAAGUCAUACCUAAUUUAGCGUUCUGGACGGACCUGCCUAACUUAGUGAGGGACGGCUGGGCGUUUGCCAUUAAUGGUUUCAAGUUGCCACCACGCGUGGGCGCCACGAGUUCUCCGGACCCCAACAGUUACGACAGCAUAUAACAUCAAAGGGAGGACAGCCUCUCCGAAGUGCAUUCGAGGUCGUCGCUACAUAUAGAGGGUCGUACUACACUGUGUUUGCCAGUACGGUAUCGCCACUCAAGAACCUUUCUACCCCAUCGGUUGUCGGUUCUUCGAGUCACGUGACCAGCCCAUUGUCACUUUAGCUUGCUUAUGUAGAGUAUGUAAUAUAAAAAAAUUUAAAUUUUCCUAUAAAAUUAAACCAAACUACAGCCACUUGAUAGAAUCUAUUUUGACGAAAACUAACGUUUAAUAUAUGCGCAAGUGCGAAUGGUACAUUGCCUUUUUUUAAUUAAUAUACGAGAUGGGAGUUAAAAAAGACCGUCUGUUUAUUCCCACGUGUGCCAACAAAGUGUAAAAAAAUUUUUUCGAAUGCUUGUCUAUUUUAAAUUAUUUUACCAUAUAUGCUUUUUUUGGAAUAUAAAUAAGUAUCACUAUCCGAAAUUAUGCUAUUUAUACACUAUGCAAGUUUCAAUUAUUGCUUAAAGUCAAUAUUAAAACUAAUAUAUCUAAAUUUAUAUCCAUUUAACGAAAAACUUAAUCUAGUUAAAUGUUGUAAUAAUAUGUAAAAUAAUAUUUAUAAUGUUAUUUUUCUACAUUUAUUCUAACAUAACAAUAUAUCCUUGCAUAUCUGUAAUUAUUCGAAAAUUUUCUACCUUUAACACUAUCGGAUAAACAGGACCAAGGUAAAUAUUUUCUUAAAAAUAUAAUAGAAAAAAAAAAACGGUGGCGUAUAUUUCAAAAUAAUAAUUGAUUAUAAAUAUACUGAAUAUAUUUUUUCUAAUUGUCUAUGCUCACUUUUUUUUUUUUGUGAAUCUAUUUUAAUUUAUAGAUUAAAUCGAGACGAGUAGUAUUUUCAUAAUCUCUGGUUUGUAAAUGUAUGACUUGUAUAUGUAAUGAGAAUUAGAAUAUUUAAGUUAAUAUAUUAUCUUGUUUUAAAAUAAUUAUCUUGUUUUAAUUAUUUAAAAAUAAUAGUACGUUAAGGUGAGAAUUUUUUUUUCUUAAUUUUCAUUUGUUUGUGAUAAAUUUCGUUGGAAAUUCUUAACUUAAUGUGUUUUAUAUUCAAUUGGACAUCUUAUUGGACAUCUUUUGUGUUUGUUAGGUCCUGGGAUCAAUUACCGAGAGUUGUAUAGCUAGUUUUGAAUUGUUUUAAAAUUUCAGGUUUACCCUGUCAUACUAAUGGCUUGAGGUUAACUCUUGAGGUUUUAUUGUAAUGUAUAUAGGUAUAUCUAUCUCCCUCUAGUUUUACCAAUAUUUUAACAUCAUUAUGCGACAUAAGAUGAUGUUUAUCAAGUUGGAAAACGUAAGGGUAAGGUACACCGAGACCGGGCCUGACUUAUUUAAAUUGUUUUUUUUUUUUUGUAAUAAUACUAAUUAUAAAAUAAAUAAAUUGAUAAUUUUUAUUAACGAAAAUAUAUGAAUAGGAUAUACAAAUGUUGUCAGCCCUAUAUAGCGUUUGGAUAGUAAGCUUGUUUUUUUUUCAUAUUUUAAAACUAUUCGAGUACCAUAUAUCUAUAAUUUGUAUUAACUAUUACGUAAUGGAUAUUUUUUUUACAAGUUGCACAAAUAAUUGUGCAAUGCAAGGUAUAUGUAAUGUUCAAUAUGAUUUCCAAACAUUUUUUUAUUGUGCAAUAUUGAUAGAUUUCACUAGAUUUUUUAAAAAAUAUAUUGGAUUCGUAAAUAAUUUAUUUCGGUUCAUAGGUAUAUUUUGUUGACAUUUUGCACUAGUCACUUGUCGAGUUCAGUACACGAUGUAAAUUGCACAAUUUGGUUGUUUUUUUUUAAUAUUAUAAUUAUUGUAAAAUAUUUUUACGUACGAUACAAAAAUAUCGAAGAUUUUCAUUAGUUUACAUUUUUACUUGGUGAUAGAAUAUAUAUAUAUAUAUAUGACAGAAUUUUUUCAUCGUGCCUCCGAUCAAACUGUUUAUAAUUCCUUAUAAUUACUCCUCUCCAUCCAAAGGUUGCCUGGAAGAGAUCGCUUUUAGCGAUAAGGUCGCCCAUUGUUUUCUCACUGUGACCACUUCUUGUAAUUGUUUGUAUCUAUAAUAAGUUUACUACUGUAAUCCUUUGGAGAAAACAAUAAACAGUUACUAUCUGUUUAUCUAUCUAAAUGUAUAAUUCGCCAGGGAAUUGUUUCUUCUGUAAAUGUUUUAUUCGAUCUCAAUUUGUAGAUGAACUAGUUUUUAAACGCGACUUCGUGUGAUCGAGAUAUGCUCAUUGACCCGGAUAAAGAGUAGCCUAUAACCUUUUCCGUCCCAUAUAGUCAACGUAUACGAAAUUUCACAAUAAUUGGUUAAGCCGCUAAGAUACUAAUAGGUAACAAACAAACAUUUAAUUUUAUAAUAUUUUAAUUAUUACACGGGGCGGAACUUUUUUUUUCUGUCUCAUGUGUCUAUAGCACAAUAAUUAAUUUUUUUUUCAUAAACUAAAUGUACUUUUAAACUUAUUUCAGCUUUGUAUCGUACGUCGAAAUGUUAUAAAUCAAAAUACUAUAUUAUUAGUAAGACAUAUUUGAAUGUAGUGAUUUGUAUAUAUAAAAAUAAAUAUGUUUGAUAAGAUAA